AUGAUAGCCUUGCCUCUGCUGGUGGGGCUGGUUCCUUUCUUGUCCCUGUGUGGACUGUUUUACUCUGCAGCGGUGGAUGAGAACUUCCCUCAGGGCUGCACCAGUGGUAACAGCGUGUGUUUCUACAGCCUGUUGCUCCCGGUUACCAUCCCUGUCUAUGUUUUCUUCCACCUGUGGAGCUGGAUAGGCAUCAAGCUCUUCAGGCACAACUAGACUAUAUGAUAUGCUGCCCUUGAUGAUUUAUUGUAAAAAUGUAAUCUAAUCUUUAAAGUCCUUUUUAAAAUGUAUUGGGGAACUUUGUCUUGGAGAUUUGAGUUUUUCAAAUUGGUAAUCUCUGAAAUGCAUUUAACAGACUGUUUGCUGCAUGUUGACAGUGUAUUCAACACUGUGAUGAUGUGUACCAAGCAAAAAAGUAAAUAUUUAUUUCAAAUUUUUUCAAUAAAUACAUUUACAGGCACUUUA